AGUUCUUAAUCCGCACCUAAACUGACGGCUCCAGUUCAAGACGAGAAAUUUUGGCAAGAAAAUUGCCUGAAAAUCAGUGAAAAUUAAGCAGAAAAUUUGCAAGAAAUAUUUAAAAUCAAGAGAAGCAUAAGCUAAGUUUUUGGGGCGUGGGCCCAGCGAAACCUCUGCUCAAAACAGUCAGCAAUGUCCCUGGAGUAAAAGGAAAAUAAAGGAAGUAACGGAAGACGUGAAAGAACCAUGACAUCCUCUGGAAAAUCCUGGCUGCUGGGCAGCAUCCUUGUGCUCCUGGCCAUCGCCUUAGUCAGUGCAUCCGAAGAUGAAGAGCGCUUGGUGCGUGACCUCUUUCGAGGCUACAAUAAACUCAUACGACCCGUACAGAAUAUGACACAAAAAGUUGGAGUAAGAUUUGGUUUGGCGUUCGUACAGCUAAUCAAUGUCAAUGAGAAAAAUCAAAUUAUGAAAUCAAACGUUUGGUUACGUUUGGUUUGGUACGACUACCAGCUGCAGUGGGAUGAGGCCGACUACGGCGGCAUCGGGGUGUUGCGUCUGCCCCCCGACAAGGUUUGGAAGCCGGACAUAGUGCUCUUCAAUAAUGCCGAUGGCAACUACGAAGUGCGUUACAAGUCCAACGUCCUGAUCUAUCCCACGGGAGAGGUCCUCUGGGUGCCGCCGGCCAUCUACCAGAGUUCCUGCACCAUCGAUGUGACCUACUUCCCCUUCGACCAGCAGACCUGCAUCAUGAAGUUUGGCUCCUGGACCUUCAACGGCGACCAAGUGUCACUGGCUCUUUACAACAACAAGAACUUUGUGGAUCUCUCCGAUUACUGGAAAUCCGGCACAUGGGACAUCAUUGAGGUGCCCGCCUACCUUAAUGUCUACGAAGGCGAAGGCAACCAUCCCACGGAGACGGACAUCACCUUCUACAUCAUCAUCCGGCGCAAGACCCUCUUCUACACGGUCAACUUGAUCUUGCCCACGGUGCUCAUCUCAUUCCUCUGCGUGCUGGUCUUCUACCUGCCAGCCGAGGCCGGCGAGAAGGUAACGCUUGGCAUUAGCAUUCUGCUGUCACUGGUUGUGUUCCUGUUGCUUGUGUCGAAAAUUCUACCACCGACGUCGCUGGUGCUGCCACUGAUCGCCAAGUAUCUGCUGUUCACCUUCAUCAUGAACACGGUGUCCAUCCUGGUGACCGUGAUCAUCAUCAAUUGGAAUUUCCGGGGUCCACGCACUCACCGCAUGCCCAUGUACAUUCGCUCCAUCUUCCUGCACUACCUGCCCGCCUUCCUGUUCAUGAAGCGGCCGCGCAAGACUCGUCUGCGCUGGAUGAUGGAGAUGCCCGGGAUGAGCAUGCCCGCCCAUCCCCAUCCCUCGUACGGCUCGCCGGCGGAGCUGCCCAAGCAUAUCAGUGCCAUCGGUGGCAAGCAGUCCAAGAUGGAGGUCAUGGAGCUGUCCGACCUGCAUCAUCCCAACUGCAAGAUCAACCGCAAGGUCAACAGCGGUGCAGAGCUGGGCCUGGGCGAUGGCUGUCGCCGGGAGAGUGAGUCCUCCGACUCCAUUCUGCUUUCUCCAGAGGCUAGCAAGGCCACCGAGGCGGUGGAGUUCAUUGCCGAGCACUUACGCAACGAGGAUCUGUACAUACAGACCCGCGAGGACUGGAAGUACGUGGCCAUGGUGAUCGAUCGCUUGCAGCUGUACAUCUUCUUCAUAGUGACCACUGCUGGCACAGUGGGUAUUCUGAUGGACGCCCCGCACAUCUUCGAGUACGUGGACCAGGAUCGCAUCAUCGAGAUCUACAGGGGAAAGUAAGGAGGAGCGAGGAGUUGUCGGAGCAGCCCGGGGCUGAUAGAAAUGGUUAACAGCAUUGCAAACGCAACAAUAAUAAGCAGACACGAGGUAUUGGGAACGGAAGAGAACAAUGAAAAAUUGCAACAAUUAAUGCGGAUUUUUAGAUUUUAAUAAUUAAUAAUGAACACUAAACGAUACUUGCUUGCGCAGCAUUAACACCUAAACUAACUAAUAUCAACUCUUUUUGGUAAACACACACGAAUCGGAACACUAAACACUGAACAGUCGUCAAGUAACACGAAGGCAAAUAACUCACCAGCAACAAUGUUAAACAAAGUAAAUCAAAAGAAACAAAAGAAAAACAAACAAAACCUAGUGGA